CUUAUCCCUUACCCUUGUUGUAAACUGAGCCUUUUCUCCUCUCUCUCUCUCUCUCUCUCUCUCUCUCUAUUACAACACCAACACCAUAAAAGCUGAAACAAAACUGUUAUCUCUUUCUCUUUAACCAGUCUGAGUCUCAGAGUCAGCAUCAUAACACAAACUUUACAUGGCUUAGAGCAUUCUUAAGUUUGUUGGUGUUCUCAUUUGAUCUAAUUUUUGCAUCAGUGGCGGCCUGAUUUGGGAAGUUAUUUAUUUCAAAGAGAAAGUUUUUGAUACAAAAGAUCUGUGGGCGGUUUUUAUUUUUGUUCUCUGUGGUGAUGGGAAUCUUUGAAAAUUUGGGAUUUUGCGGAAACCUCGAUUUCCUCUCAGCUCCUCCCUGUGAAGGACAGACAGCUUCGGAGCAUGAAGUAGAGGCAACUGCUGAGGACUAUAGUGAUGAAGAAAUGGAUGUUGAAGAGCUGGAGAAGAGGAUGUGGAGGGACCGAAUGCUCUUGAAGCGGCUUAAAGAGCAGCAGAAUAAGGGUAAGGAAGAAGUAGACAGUGCAAAGCAGCGUCAAUCUCAGGAGCAAGCUCGAAGGAAGAAGAUGUCGCGAGCACAGGAUGGUAUCCUGAAAUAUAUGCUGAAAAUGAUGGAAGUUUGCAAGGCUCAGGGUUUUGUGUAUGGAAUCAUCCCUGAGAAGGGAAAGCCGGUGAGUGGAGCCUCUGAUAACCUUCGAGCUUGGUGGAAGGAAAAAGUCAGGUUUGAUCGGAAUGGGCCUGCUGCAAUUGCCAAAUACCAGGUUGAUCAUGCUAUCCCUGGAAAGAAUGAAGACUGUGGUGCAGCUGUGUCUACCCCUCACACCUUACAGGAGCUUCAAGACACUACACUUGGAUCUCUCUUGUCUGCUCUUAUGCAGCACUGUGAUCCGCCCCAACGGCGAUUUCCAUUAGAGAAAGGUGUUGCACCACCCUGGUGGCCGAGUGGAAAUGAAGAGUGGUGGCCUCAGUUGGGUCUUCCAAAGGAUCAGGGUCCUCCCCCAUACAAGAAGCCCCAUGAUCUGAAGAAGGCCUGGAAAGUGAGUGUUCUCACAGCAGUCAUCAAGCACAUGUCACCAGAUAUUGCUAAGAUCAGAAAGCUUGUUCGUCAAUCUAAGUGCUUGCAGGAUAAGAUGACUGCCAAGGAGAGCGCUACUUGGUUGGCAAUAAUUAAUCAAGAGGAGGUGUUGUCACGAAAACUUUAUCCUGAUAGCUGCCUUCCUGCAUCUGCUGGUGGGAGUGGGUCUUUUGUUAUCAGCGAUACCAGUGACUAUGAUGUUGAAGGGAGGGUAGAUGAUGAUCGAAAUGUUGAAGUGGAGGAGGUGAAGCCUCGUGAUGUGAAUCUCCUCAAUAUUGGGACAGUGGGACUGAGGGAUAGGCUUAUGCUGACACAACCUUUGGCUCCUCAAAUUAAGGGAGAGCUUGUGGAAACCAAUUCAGAUUUCUAUCCGAAGAGGAAGCAGCUGGCCGAUAUGCCUUACAUGAUGAUGGAUCAGAAGAGGUAUACCUGUGAGUACCCAGGGUGCCCAAAUAGUGACUACAGGUUUGGAUUCCUUGACAGGUCUUUGAGGAACAACCACCAGAUGAAUUGCCCAUAUCGCGGCAAUUCUUCUCAAGGGUUUGGAGUGACAGAUUUUCAAAUGAGCAAUGACAAACCUUCUGUGUUCUCUUUACCUGUUACUCAGCCACCUCAACCACCUCAACAGAAGCUGCCGACUCAACUGGUGAACCAGACUCAUUCACAAUUUAAUGUAUCAGGACUUCGAAUCACAGAUGAUGGGCAAAAAAUGAUUUCUGAUCUGAUGUCUUCCUAUGAUACUAAUCAUCAGCAGAACAAAAGCUUGAAUACUGGGGGUCUUAAUGUACCGGUGGGGCUUAAUGUUAUUGAUGCUCAAACACAGCCUCAGCAUCAACAUCAGCAGAAAUUUCAAUUUCAGAUGGAUGAUAGCUUCUACAGCCAAGUGGGUAUGAUGGGAGGCAACAUACCUGAGCUGCCGAACUUGCCAGUUAACAACUCCAUUUUCUCCCCAGCCGAUAUUCGUUUUGAUCAGAUUAAAUCAUUUGGUUCUCCAUAUGACACCAAUCCAGGCAAUAAUAUUGCUGACUUCAGUUUUAGCUCACCAUUCAACAUUGCACCAGCUGAUUUCCCCAUGGAUCCUCUGCCAAAGCAGGAUGGAUCGAUGUGGUAUGCAUGAAGAAUAAAUCUGACCUUGCAUGGACCUGCAGUUAAUCCUGAACUCUAAUACAAAGGGAGGUGAUUGGAGAAAGGUUACAAUUAACACAGUUCUGCUCUGGCAGCUCGACUGAGGCUUCGCCCAUUCACAUUUAGUCACUAAAUAUGUUUGUUUAAAACCCGUAUACACUGGGGUUUCUUCUCAGAACUUUUGAGUCUUUCCAAGUCUAGGUUGCUUUCAUUGCCGUACUGAGAAAAGGGUUUCCUCAGUAUUGCUGUUGAAGUUUAGAAGCAUUAAUUUCUUGUCUUUACAGUUUAUAUUUGCAUGUAGUUAUAAAUAUAUACACAUGAACUUAUUUGUAAGUACACAUAAUCUCUAAAUAUGUUUUUGUUUCAUCAAUAA